GUUUGAUCCUUUGUCCACUGAAAUCAUCCUGUUGACUUCGCUGAACAAAGGGAAGACUAAAACCGUUCUAUGGCAGAAAGUGCUCUUGGCAGUUCCAGUGCGGAGUGUCUACACUGUUGUGAUAUCAUAUGUCCUUACUGUUUCAUUUCUAGAUAUCAAUGAAUGUAAAAUGGUCCCCAGCCUUUGUACCCACGGAAAAUGCAGAAAUACCAUUGGCAGCUUUAAGUGUAGGUGUGACAGUGGAUUUGCCCUGGAUUCUGAAGAGAGGAAUUGCACAGAUAUUGAUGAAUGCCGCAUCUCUCCUGAUCUUUGUGGCCAAGGCAUCUGUGUCAAUACUCCUGGAGACUUUGAAUGUGAAUGUUUUGAAGGCUAUGAAAGUGGAUUUAUGAUGAUGAAGAACUGCAUGGACAUCGACGAGUGUCAGCGCAACCCCCUUCUCUGCCGGGGCGGCACCUGCAUCAACACAGAGGGAAGUUUUCGGUGUGACUGUCCUCCGGGCCAUCAGAUAUCACCAAAUAUCUCAGCAUGCAUAGACAUUAAUGAAUGCGACCUAAGCACCAGCCUGUGCCGAAACGGACGUUGUGUCAACCUGAUUGGAAAGUACCAGUGUGCUUGUGACCCCGGGUAUCAGUCCACGCAUGACAAGUUAUACUGUAUUGAUAUUGAUGAGUGCAGUAUCAUGAAUGGUGGCUGUGAGAACUUCUGUACAAACUCGGAGGGCAGCUAUGAAUGUAGCUGUAAACAAGGCUUUGCACUCAUGCCAGACCACAGGACAUGCACUGACAUUGAUGAGUGUGAAGACAAUCCUAACAUCUGUGAUGGAGGCCAGUGUACAAACAUCCCAGGAGAAUACAGGUGUCUCUGCUAUGAUGGAUUCAUGGCGUCUGAAGACAUGAAGACUUGCAUAGAUGUUAAUGAGUGUGAUCUGCACCCAAACAUCUGUCUGAGUGGAACCUGUGAGAACACAAAAGGUUCAUUUAUCUGCCAUUGCGAUAUGGGAUAUUCAGGCAAGAAAGGCACAACUGGUUGCACAGAUAUCAAUGAGUGUGAAAUUGGAGCCCAUAACUGCGAUAGACAUGCCAUAUGCACAAACACAGCCGGAAGUUUCAAAUGUAGCUGCAGUCCUGGCUGGAUUGGAAACGGUAUCAAGUGCACAGACCUGGAUGAGUGCUCCAACGGAACACACAUGUGCAGCCCACAUGCUGACUGCAAGAACACAAUGGGCUCUUACCGCUGCCUGUGUAAAGAAGGUUAUACUGGUGAUGGCUUCACUUGUACAGACCUCGAUGAAUGCUCAGAAAACUUGAAUCUCUGUGAAAAUGGGCAGUGCCUCAAUGCCCCGGGAGGAUAUCGCUGCGAAUGUGAUAUGGGAUUUUUGCCAAGUCCAGAUGGGAAAGCAUGUGAAGAUAUCGAUGAGUGCUCACUUCCGAACAUCUGUGUCUACGGUACUUGUCACAACCUCCCUGGGCUUUUCCGGUGUGAGUGUGAAGUGGGCUACGAGUUGGACAGAAGUGGUGGGAACUGCACAGACGUUAACGAAUGUGCAGAUCCCACGACCUGCAUUAGUGGCACAUGUGUGAAUACUGCUGGUAGUUACACCUGUGAGUGCCCUCCUGAUUUUGAGCUGAAUCCCACCCGAGUUGGAUGCGUUGAUACACGAUCUGGCAACUGCUACCUGGACAUUAAAACUCGGGGAGAUAACGGUGGUACCUUCUGCAGCAAUGAGAUCGGAGUGGGCGUUUCCAAGGCCUCCUGUUGCUGCUCCCUGGGCAAAGCCUGGGGAGUUCCCUGUGAACACUGCCCGCCUGUGAACACAACUGAAUAUAAGGUUCUUUGCCCCGGAGGGGAAGGAUUCCGACCAAAUCCUAUUACAGUCAUAUUAGAAGAUAUUGAUGAAUGUCAAGAACUGCCUGGACUUUGCCAAGGAGGAAAAUGUAUUAAUACCUUUGGUAGCUUCCAGUGUCAGUGUCCAUCAGGGUACUACUUGAACGAAGAGACUCGAGUGUGCGAUGAUGUGAAUGAGUGUGACACACCUGGCAUUUGUGGACCUGGCACAUGUUACAAUACCGUUGGGAACUACACCUGCAUCUGUCCUCCUGAUUACAUGCAAGUCAAUGGAGGAAACAACUGCAUGGAUAUGAGAAGAAGUCUGUGUUACAGAAAUUACUACGCUGACAAUCAAACCUGUGAUGGUGAGCUGCUCUUUAACAUGACCAAGAAAAUGUGCUGCUGUUCCUACAACAUUGGACGUGCGUGGAAUAAGCCUUGUGAACAGUGUCCUAUCCCGAGCACUGAUGAAUUCUCCACACUCUGUGGAAGUCAAAGGCCUGGCUUCUUCAUUGACAUUUAUACAGGAUUACCAGUUGAUAUUGAUGAAUGCAGAGAGAUUCCUGGAGUGUGUGAAAAUGGGAUCUGUAUAAACAUGGUUGGCAGCUUCCGAUGCGAGUGUCCUGUGGGUUUCUUCUACAACGACAAGCUACUGAUCUGUGAAGAUAUCGAUGAAUGCCAGAACGGACCAGUGUGUCAGCAAAACGCAGAAUGUGUCAACACAGCUGGUAGCUACCGUUGUGACUGUAAACCUGGCUACAGGUUCACAUCAACCGGCCGCUGCACUGAUCGGAAUGAAUGUCAAGAAAUUCCCAAUAUCUGCAGCCACGGGCAGUGUAUCGACACUGUUGGAAGUUUCUACUGCAUUUGUCACAAUGGAUUCAAGACCAAUGAUGACAGAACAAUGUGUAUAGAUAUUAACGAAUGUGAGAGAGACGCUUGCGGCAAUGGAACCUGCAGAAACACCAUUGGCUCCUUCAACUGCCGCUGCAAUUUGGGCUUCAUCCUCUCACACAACAACGACUGCAUAGAUGUGGACGAGUGUGCAAGUGGAAAUGGAAUGCUCUGCAGGAAUGGUCAGUGUGUGAACACCAUCGGGUCCUUCCAGUGUCUUUGCAAUGAUGGCUACGAGGUGGCUCUGGACGGAAGGACUUGCAUUGAUGUCAAUGAGUGUGCACUGGAGCCUGGAAAAUGCUCACCGGGCACAUGUCAGAACUUGGAUGGGUCAUUCAGAUGUAUCUGUCCUCCUGGAUAUGUCCUGCAGAAUGACAGAUGUGAAGACAUUGAUGAGUGCGUGGAACAGCCAGAAAUUUGUGCCCUAGGCACGUGCAGCAACACUCCAGGCAGUUUCAAAUGUCUGUGUCCGGAAGGCUUUGUGUUGUCUUCCACGGGAAGGCGAUGCCAAGAUCUGAGAGUAAGUUACUGCUUUACCAAAUUUGAAGAUGGGAAAUGUUCUGUGCCGAAGUCCCGAAACCACUCCAAGCAAGAGUGCUGCUGCGCCUUGAAGGGACAGGGAUGGGGAGAUCCCUGUGAACUCUGCCCAGAGGAAGCAGAUGAGGCAUUCCGACAGAUUUGUCCAUUUGGAAUUGGCAUCCUUGUUGGACCUGGUGACGCAAGACUGGAUGUGGAUGAGUGCCUUGAUCCCGAUAACUGUAAAUUUGGGCAGUGUAUCAACACGGAUGGGUCCUUCCGCUGUGAAUGUCCCUAUGGUUACAUCCUUCAAGGAGCUCAGUGUGUGGAUACUGAUGAAUGUGCUGUUGGAAACCCGUGUGGAAAUGGAACUUGCAGGAACGUGGUGGGAGGUUUUGAAUGCACCUGCGUUGAGGGCUUUGAGCCCGGACCGAUGAUGACCUGUGAAGAUGUCAACGAGUGCAUUCAGAACCCUCUGCUCUGCGCUUUCCGCUGCGUGAACACGUUUGGAUCCUACGAGUGCAAGUGCCCCUCGGGGUACGUUCUGCGAGAGGACCGGAGAAUGUGCAGAGAUCAGAAUGAGUGUGAAGAUGGAACCCACGACUGUGACUCAAAACAGAUGGAGUGCAAAAACCUAAUUGGCACCUACAUGUGUAUCUGUGGCCCGGGUUAUCAGCGCAGACCGGAUGGGGAAGGCUGUAUAGAUGAGAAUGAAUGUCAGACCAAACCUGGGAUCUGCGAGAACGGCCGGUGCGUAAACACGGUCGGAAGUUACAGAUGUGAAUGCAACGAGGGGUUCACCGUCAGCGACACCCAGAACGAAUGCCUUGACAACAGGGAGGGCUACUGCUUCACUGAAGUCUUACAAAGUAUGUGUCAAAUCGGAUCAAGCAACAGGAACUCUGUCACCAAGUCUGAAUGCUGCUGUGACGGUGGCCGAGGCUGGGGGCAAAACUGCGAGGUCUGCCCCUUCCCAGGCACCGUGGCCUUCAAGAAGCUUUGCCCUCAUGGCCGAGGGUACAUGUCUAAUGGAGCAGAUAUCGAUGAGUGCAAGGUUAUUCAUGAUGUCUGCCGUAACGGGGAGUGCAUCAACGAGAGGGGAUCUUACCGUUGCCAUUGCAACCUUGGCUAUACUACAGAUAUAACUGGCACCCUGUGCAUCGAUCUGAAUGAAUGUAACGAGUCCCCAAAACCUUGUAAUUUCAUCUGCAAAAACACAGAGGGGAGCUUCCAGUGUUCCUGUCCCAAAGGGUACAUCCUGCAAGAAGAUGGGAGAAGCUGCAAAGAUCUCGAUGAAUGUGCAACAAAGCAGCACAACUGCCAGUUCCUUUGCGUCAACACUAUCGGGGGUUUCACUUGCAAAUGUCCUCCGGGAUUCACUCAGCACCACACAGCCUGCAUUGAUAACAACGAGUGUGCCACUGAAAUCAAUUUAUGUGGGGCGAAGGGCAUUUGCCAGAAUACGCCGGGAAGUUUUGUUUGUGAGUGUCAACGUGGCUUCUCCCUCGAUCAAACCGGGCUCAGCUGUGAAGAUGUUGAUGAAUGUGAUGGAAACCACCGGUGUCAGCAUGGCUGCCAAAAUAUAAUUGGAGGAUACAGGUGUAGCUGCCCACAAGGAUACCUCCAGCAUUACCAGUGGAACCAAUGUGUUGAUGAAAACGAAUGUCUCAGUGCACACAUUUGUGGAGGAGCCUCUUGCCACAAUACUUUGGGAAGCUAUAAAUGUAUGUGCCCUACCGGAUUUCAGUAUGAGCAGUUUAGUGGAGGUUGCCAAGAUAUCAAUGAAUGCGGUUCUGCACAAGCCCCAUGCAGUUAUGGUUGUUCAAAUACUGAAGGUGGCUACGUCUGUGGAUGUCCACCUGGUUACUUCAGAAUAGGACAAGGACACUGUGUUUCUGGAGUGGGGCUCGGCAAAGGUCAAGGACAAGAGCUGUCCCUCAGCGGAGAAGUAGAUGACAACUCCCUCUCGCCAGAAGCUUGCUACGAGUGUAAAAUCAAUGGCUAUCCCAAGAGAGGAAGGAGGCGCCGGAGCACUAAUGAAACUGCAAAUGAAACAGAGGAUCAGCAAGAGCCGGAGCCGCCGGUCAGUCUCGCCAGCUGGGAUAUCGAGAAAGCAGCAGUCUUCUCCAUCAACAUCUCGGAUCUCAGUAACAAAGAUCGCAUCCUGGAACUGCUUCCCGCCCUCACAACACUGACAAACCACAACCGAUACUUAAUUGACUCCGGAAAUGAAGACGGCUUCUUCAGAAUCAAUAAGAAGGACGGGAUAAGUUACCUUCAUUUCACAAAGAAGAAGCCAGUGCCUGGAAACUAUUCAUUACAAAUCAGUAGUAUUCCACUCUAUAAAAAGAAGGAACUUAACCAGCUUGAAGAGAAACAUGACAAAGACUACCUCAGUGGUGAGCUGGGAGAUAACCUGAAAAUGAAAAUUCAGAUAUUGCUUCAUUAAUUCAUCAACCAAAGACCAAAUAAUUAAACCAAAGAUAGAUAGGUAGGACUGAGUAUUCCUCCCAAUCAGAUUCUCCAUAUCAUAGGUACAAUCUCACGUGAGUACAAGCGUAUGAACGAGCACUAUUCUAUUACUACACACACGAGGUACAGGAUGAACACCCUAGCUCAAAACAACCACUUCCUCAGGCUUUUAAGCGUAGCUGAGCUACCUUGAUAUGUUGAAUCUCGAAAACUGGGACUUUUUAUCCUUGGAAGUUGGCCACUGCUGCUGAGACGCGUCAUCCUUUCAGCAGAGGUACAAGAACGUGCUUUCAACUGAUGGGACAGCUCUAUUUUUGUAAUUCUUAAACUUCGCUUCUCCAACUACAACUUACUAGGUCAGCCAUUUAUGAUAUCCGUUUGGUGCUAGUAAAUUUUCAACCUAGAUUUAUAAAUGCACUGUAAUAUCUACACAACUUAGAAGCCAAAAUUGCCAUUAUUCAGUCUAAAUACUUCAAUCAACCAAAGUUAGCUCAGUAGUUUAUCUCAGUUAUGCCUAUAAUACAUUACAUGUAAAUUAAGUGUGUGUAUACUGUAAUCAUGCUAUUUUUAUCAAUGAAGCAUUUGUAAACUAGAUUAAUAAUACCCUUAACGUGAGGGUUUGUAAUGGUGCUUAUAAGACCAACUACUCGUUAACUGUAUACACAAACCUGAUGAUAAAGUUUCUGUGACUUGCCAAAAUGCACUGAGGUCAGUAGGGACCAUCAAACGUUCUCGGAAGUCAGAUGACAAUCAGUGCCGCCCUACACCACGACAUCAUGUAACGCGUCAGGAGUACCCAGAGUCAUUCAUAGCAACGAGGGUUCAAUGUCAGAAAUGUCACAAUAAAACCGUUUCUUUUUU